GCGUCUUCGGACUGAAAUAAGCCACAUUUAACAACGCGCCUACAAUUCUUUCCCAAAGUCCUUUCAGUUGCAAUAUUCAGUGUUAACGUGUAGUAUUGGCGAAUUGAGAGAGGCAAUACGGUAGCCAACUAAGGUGACUGCGUUUUUGUGAGAUCGGAAACAUCCCGUGGCAGCUGACAAAACUACAGAAGAAUGGAAGGACACAACUUGGAAGCCUCACCCGCUCCUCCAUCAUGGCCUAAGGCCAUGAUGCUGGUGACAGGUGAGCCACCUGGAGCCGCUGAGGAAGCAUCGACAGCGGAGCCCGAAGCCGAAGCCGACGCCGAAGCAGACGCCGAAGCCGACGCCGAAGCCGACGCCAAAGCCGACGCCAAAGCCGACGCCGAAGCCGAAGUGGGGCUGUCCCUCCUGGAGGUGCUGACGAUCUCCGCGGUGCUGGAGGACACCGCCGACCAGCUGUCCAUUCUGGGCUACAUCAUGCCGUGGCCUCUGGACAGGCGGCAGAGCAUGGCGCCGGUGAGCGCGAGAAGCAAUAGCCCGGACAAACCGCCAGGGUCCUUGGCUGCAAGGAAAAUAUCAACUCGGUUAUCACUCAAAGCACCAGGGUCGCCCGAAGGCAGAGCAGAAGGCCAGGUGGCGGCAGAGUUUAACAAAAUGCAAGACCUGGACUUGAAAACACCUACGGGGCAGGCCAUCCUCAGCAUGGAGACGCUGAAGAAGACUCAGAACGACAGGCAGUUUCUCAGCGAUGUCCUCGUGAGCACCAUGCAGGAGCUGCAAGAGUCAGGAACUUUCACAAGCCUUUUGCAAACCCUGCGCAAGGAGAAGGAGAACAAGAUGCACUUCUAUGAUGCCAUUGACAGGGAGGAAAAGGGACGAAAAAUGAUAAAAUCUCUUCAAAAACAACUGAUUAACGUUAAGAAAGAACGGCAAGCAGAAGUACAGAGCCGAAACGAAUACAUUGCCCACCUCAAGGACCAGCUGCAAGAGCUGAAGGCCAAAACCAACCUGGAGAAUCACUACAUGAAAAGGAACACCGAGCUGCAGGUCGCCCAGACCCAGAAAAAGUGUAACCGGACUGAGGAGGUCUUGCUGGAGGAGAUCGAGGUGACCACUGCCUGGAAACUGAGGAUGAAGACCGAAGAAGAGAACCGGACCCACGUGGAGAUCGAGAUGUUCCUGAAGAGGGAGCAGCAGAGACUUGAGGAGAAGCUGGAGUUCUGGAUGGAGAAAUUUGAUAAGGACACAGAGAUGAAGCAGAACGAACUGAAUGCUCUCAAGGCUGCCAAGGCCAGUGACUUAGCUCACCUUCAGGAUCUGGCGAAGACGAUACGGGAGUAUGAGCAGGUCAUCAUUGAAGAUCGCCUAGAAAAGGAGAAGACCAGGAAGAAGAUGGAACAGGAUGUGCUGGAACUGAAGAGUGCCAUAAAGCUACAGGCCUGGUGGCGGGGCACCGUGAUACGGAGGGAAAUUGGAGGCUUCAAAAUGCCUAAGAAGGAGAAAGAUGACAGUAAGGAUUCGAAAGGGAAAGACAAGGACAAACAAAAACGAAGAGGUAAGAAGUGACCUAAUUACCUCCUGUCCUUGCUGCUGGAAUUCUGAAGACUGGAAGCAUCACAGAGAACUCAUCUACGAGUUACUUCUUUGGACAUUACCAGGUAAAACCUGGAGAUUUCACCUGAACUAGGACUACACCAUUGCUUUAGGCUUGCCUCAUACAUUGGACUUUGCUUAGAAGAAGUAUUUUUAGCAGUCUAUUCCUCUUGCACUUUCUUAACAGAAAAACUCUUGGGUGUAUCUGAUUCUAUCUAAUUACACAAUAAAUUUUAACAAAUGCUUGUU